ACUAAAGUACGAACAAGUUUAACCAAAUGGACCAAAACCAAACACCAUCAGCUACAAUAACCAUAGACCAAAACCAAACAUCAUCAACAACAACAACAAUGGACCAAAACCAAACACCAUCAACAACAACAACAAUGGACCAAAACCAAACAUCAUCAACUAGUGUUGUUAAUCCACUUAUCCUAGGCUUGAAACCACUAAUAGUACCUCUAGUGAUAAGAUUCAUAACAUUCAUUUUCUUGUUAGUGUCAUUAAUUGUCAUUGCUACUAAUAGUUUUGAUGCAUUUGACAUCUAUGGUUUUCCAAUCAAAGUUGAGUCCACUGACAUCCAUGUUUACCGUUAUAUGAUAUCUGCAGAUGUAAUUGGAAUGGCCUAUAUAUUGCUAUUAUUUGUGUUAACAAUUUUCCAAGUGAAAUCUGGAAGUCCCAUUGAUGGUGGCCUUGCUUAUUUUGAAUUCUAUGGUGAUAAGGUAAUUUUAUUCUUAUUGGCUACUGGUGCUGCUGCUGGAUUAGGAUUGACAGUUGAAUAUAACAGACUUAUGGACAAAGAUAACACUACAGAAGAUAUACAAAAUUUCAUCAACAUAGCAAAUGCAUCAGCUAGUUUACUUCUUCUUGGAUCUAUUUCUUCUGCUAUUUCUUCUGUAUUUUCUUCUCUUAAUCUUCCAAAGAGAUCUUCUUCGUAAAGCGUUCGCGGAUUCUGUCUCUGUUGCUCGGAUUCUUCGAAAAUGUUAGUUGUAUUCGUGUCGAGUUUCUCAAAUUUGGAUACAUUUUGGAGGGGCGGGGACACGUUUACUGAUAUUUUUGAAGAGUUCGAGCAGCAUAGGAUGAAAAUCAAAGAGAUAAAGCAUUCAGUACCCUCUCGAACUAUGACCAAAGUUGCUACGACACAUUUUCCUGAACUCAAUUUUAGCGUAUUUUUGGCACCUUUUUGUGCUGACGCGACACCUUUAUUACGUAAAAUAGAGUCCAUGUCAGCUAAAAAGAUUGACAAAAAUAAGCUAAAAUUGAGUUCAGAGGGUAAUAGAACUCUCGUGAAGUUGAAGUGUGUCGUAGCAAAUUUGAUCAUAAUUCAGGAUACUAGAUGCUUUACUCUCAAAAUCAAAUAUUUGGAACAUGUUAGCUAAUUCAAUUAAUAAUUUUAUUUUUUUUUGCCUUUUUUGUUUAUUGCUUUCUUGUUUAAAAGUAAUUGAUGAUAAGACAUGAAUAAAUUGCAUGCUUGAGAUUGAUAGCAUAUUGUAAUUUUGCAUCUUGAUAUUUAAUAGUACUUUAUUUUUGGGAAAUUUGUAAUUCAAUUCUUGAAAUAUAAAUGAACUUUGAUUUUGAGACAUCAAGAUGAGCACAUUUAACUUUCAAUUAAUUGGAGUGU